CUUCAAUGUGGAGGUGAGGGUAGAAGCUGGAGUGAGGGGACGGUCUACCCUGAGGGGGGACCCCAGAUCCUAAUCACCCCGUUCCUUUCCACAGCGCUCUCGUCCUCCCAGGCACGGAAAGGCUUCUGGGAUGCCUACAGCCAGAGCAGUGGGGACAAAGGCAGGGUGGAGCAGGCCCAGCAGCAGAAGCUGGCACGGGAGCACGCAAGCCUGAAAGACAGUCUUGAGCAAGACCUCAACAAUAUGGACAAGUUCCUGGAAAAGCUAGGUCCUCUGAUUGUGCAGGGGAGGGAGCCUCCCAGGGUUCCAUCCAAUCCAGAGGGAAUGCGGCAGCAGCUGCAGGAGGAGCUGGAUAAGGUGAGAGCGCGCCUGGAGCCCUACAUGGCUGAUGUGCACCAGCGAGUGGGUUGGAACUUGGAGGUUCUGCGGCAGAAGCUGAAGCCCUACACCACAGACCUAAUGGAGCAGGUGGCCCUGCGGGUACAGGAGCUGCAGAAGCAGUUGCACAUGGUUGGAGAGGAUACCAAGGCCCAGCUGCAGGGGGGUGUGGAAGAGGUGCAGGGCCUGCUUCGGGAACUGCAGAAUCGUGUGGUGCACCACACUGGUCGCACCAAAGCAUUGUUCCACCCGUAUGCCGAGCGCCUGGUGACUGGCAUCCAGCACCACGUGCAAGAGCUGCACCACAGCAUGGUGCCGCACGCCCCUGCCAGCCCUGCGCGCCUCAGACGCUGCAUGCACGUGCUUUCUCGAAAGCUCACGCUCAAGGCCAAGGCCCUGCAUGCGCGCAUUCAACAUAACUUGGACCAUCUGCGCGAAGAGCUCAGCACCUUUGCCCGUGCCAACGUGGGCAGCGCAGAGGAAAGGACCAACCUGGACGCCCAGGUGCUGUCCCAGGAGGUGCGCCAGCAACUCCAGGCUUUCCGCCACAACACUUUCCAGCAAAUUGUGGCCUUCACCCGCGCGAUUGACCAGGAGACUGAGGAGGUCCAGCAGCAGUUGGCGCCACCCCCACCUGGUCACAGUGCCUUUGCCCCAGAGUUCCUCGAAGUUGACAGCAGCAAGGCCUGGAGCAAGCUGCAGGCCCGUCUCGAUGACCUUUGGGAAGACAUAAACUACAGCCUUCGUGACCAUGAUCUUGGCCAUCUAGGGGAACCAUGAAGGUCUAUAUGCCCAGGCCCACUUCCCAGCUCCUUAUUUGGAGAGCCCAGGACCUGAGCCCCAAGCAUGGUUCUGUUCUUGCUAGUGGCCUAUUGGGCAGAGGAUGGAGGGCCCUGGACAGAGUAGGUGAGGCCACUGAAGAGGCUGUUGUCCCCAAGUAUCCAGCCUCCUGGGACUCCCCAAUCUGGGUGCAUUACACUCACCAGGAUUUGCAAGCCGGCUUCCCGUGCUCAUUUGGAAAUCCUCAUGAAUUACUCCAUUCCUUGAAGGCAGGAUUGGGAAGGGAGAAAGGCACACCAUGAGUGGGUAAUUAUGUGCAAGCAUGUUUUCAUGAAGCUAGAAGCCUGUGCCUCUUCAUGCCAGGGCUUGACUGUGAUCACAUCUGGCCCCCUGGUGGCCAUUACUAUAGGGGGUCCACAGAAAGCUGCUCUUUUCUCCCCAGGGUGGCUGUGACAGCUUCUAUUGGGGGAAGAGGAGGGAGAAAGGAAAAAAUGUGAUAAGGAGAACAUGUGAUUAUGUGUAUGUAUAAUCCUGCUGGCCUGAAGCUGAAGGGUACAAAUGGUGGAAGUUUUAAUGGGAGGG